CAGGCAGCUAUGGCUUUUAUUUCAAUCAGAAAAUCCAAAAAUUAGGAUAUCAAAAAGCCUGGACUAGCUAAAUUGGAAGUUUUCCGGUGCGGGAAUCGAGGCGAGAUUGUGCGAGAUGUGCUGUGCGCCGUCGUGCAGACCUUCGAUGUGCUGCCGGCCCGCCUGUCGGCUGCCGCUGGAGCCACUGCGUCCGGCGACUGUCCAACACGGCUGUCCGGCCCCGAAUUGCUCCGUGUGCGGCCAGAACGACGGGAAGCAGGGAUGUCACUGCUCCUGCACACGCAAUAAGCACAUCCUGGAGGCGCUGAGUUGCCUGUUCCGAGUCAGCAGGUUCCAGGUGGUGACCACGCUCUUCCAACUGGCCUACCACGAGAGCCAGCCCCUUCCGCGUUUCCCGCGCGACCGCGUUUGGUCGGUGAUGGAGAACGUGAAGGCGCCGUACUCGGAGCUGCACGACCUGAGGAUCUACGACAGCCUCUACGACCGUUGCGGCCAGCCCAUCGAUCCGCUGGACCGGACCAACGCCUACAAGCUGUUGCGUCUAAUCUUCCUGAUCCCGGUGCUCGUUCCGGAGCAGCGAGCCAGGCUCCUGGCCAUGCUGGCCCAGCUGAACGCCCGCGCCGCCUGUCCCGUGAACUUGGAAGCCCUCCUGCUGGCCCUGCAGCAGGUGCAGCUGGAUGAGCUGGUGUGCGGCAUCUUGGAGCAGGACGGUAGGGUAAAGCGGUUCCACAGCGCCCGGCAGUGCAUGGAGCUGUGCAACCUCUACCACAAGGUGGUCGCCACGGACAAGAAUGCGAUUAUCCACAAGCGCCGUCGGCUCCACGCGAAGGCCAAGGGCAAGGACGCGGAUGCACAGAGGAAACCGCAACGAAGGACAUUCACCGCGCAGAUAUACUGCACCCGCCGCGUUCCAGAGCCUGAGGACCGGGCCGAGACACCUGUGCUUCGCCGCCCCUCUAACAAUGUCAAGAGCGACACUACCUCGGCCAAGGGCUCUCGUCGCUCCUCGCACAACUCCACGGGAUCUCCGAAGAGAAACAAGACGGAGCUGCCCAACGUAGGAGUGCGAAUGCAGGGUGGCGUCCGCCGGACGAACAAGUCAAGUUUCUAGCCCCGUUGGUACUUCGACUUUUGGCUCUCCUCAGUAAUCCGUAUUUAUUCUCGGUCCUCGGUUCAUCAAAAUUUGGUAAAUUCCGUAAUACUUGUAA